GGCAGAAGUGCCAAGGGACUGCGGCCCCAGUCCUGGCUGUGGCUACAGACUGUUACAUAACGUGUUUCCGGCAGACAGCAGUCUCGUGUUUCAGCUCCCUGUGCCCCCAGGAUGUACUCAGCCUCGAGAUGUCCAGAGCCAGCCAGAGGUGUGAAUGACAGAGGUGGUGCUGUCCAGUGUGCACAGCAAGGUCAGCCUCUGCCAUGAUGACACAGACACCGUGAAGAAUGUUCCUAGAGACUGGUUCCCCAUUGAGUAUCCAGACUUGUGAUACCAGACUCAUGAUAUCACGUCCAACAAUAAGUUCUUCUCCUCUGCUGCCACCUAUACAGGCGCCAUAGUGGAAAUGAUAAUAUCUGAAAUUAAGGACAGGACUAAAAUACAUAAAGGGAUGGAGACAGACUACAUCCAGCACUUGGGCUCAGCAUUAGCCAACCUGAGCCCCUGCUCCAUCCCACUCAGGAUCUACCGACAAACCCAUAGCCUACUCUGCAGCUUCCUGCCAUGGUCAGGUAUCUCCACCAAGAGCGGCAUAAGUACAGUUGUACCAUGCCAGUGA